AAAAAAAAAAAAGAUUUUGUGGACAUGUCUGCGACCACCCCCGCCCACACGGCCGACUACGGCGGAGCGCCGAUGGGGCAACGAGCGUCAGCGCAGGGCCGUCCUGCGCGCGCGCAGAGGUGGCGGGUUCCCGCCCUCGCGGGGGCUGGCACUGCGCAUGCGCCGCAGGGCGUGCCGGGAAUCGGGGCGCCGUCCCGGAGCCGGGCGGGGGUUGGCCUACUCGUGAGUUGGCAUUGCUGUCGGAUGCGGAGUUUAAUGGACGUGCUUACGCUGCUCAAGGUUUGAGAGGCCUAAAGCCAGACUAGAACUUAAAUAGAAUGGAUACAUACUUUAAAGCCGCAGUCUGUGACUUGGACAAACUACUGGAUGAAUUUGAACUGAAUACAGAUGAAUGCGACCUCUCCAGAGCUCCUCAAAAUCCGUGUGAUUCAAAACACCAUUCCCUUCCUUUGGAUUUGGGUUUCUUGCAACGCGUAUACCCAACGCAAAAACUACAGGAGAAUGCUAACAGCUGUACUGUGUCAGAAGAAAUCUCUCAAGCCAGCCACACCAGACCAAAUGAAGGGAUUCCGAAUUGUUCAUCGCAAAAUGAGAGGAGUGUUUCUGGGCCUGAUAUUUUGACCAUUGUGAACAGUGCUUCUUCAGAAGGAAGUCAGGGUUCAAACCUGGGAAGUAGUAUACCUAUGUGUGAUCUUGUUAGUGACAUAAGUAACUUGAUCCGUUCAGCAGGUACUAAUGUAAAUACUCAAAAAUUGCAGCCAGGUGACUCUUAUUGUAGUGAAGACUGUUUGAGUGGCUUUGGCAAAUCUUGCAUGCCUCUCUCUGGUUGUGUAUUUUCAUUGGGUUGCAGAGGUGUUUUAUGUACAGAGCAGAAUGAUGGGGACUCAAUGCUACAACAUUCAGGACCUCUUAAAACAGAAGAGAGUAAUCAAUUAGCUUUAAAAUCAGAUGUUUUUGGUAAAGCAGAGGUUUCAGAUCUGUGUGAUUAUCACUUCACUUUAAAGAUACAGUCCUGUAUUGAAGUAUUUGAUCAUCUUGAACAAACCGCUCACCCUAAUACUACGUGUGUCUCUGAAACAUUACAGAAUUCAAAUGUGUACGAUCCCAAAGAUGAGACAGCAUGUGAAAAAUUGCCUUCUGAGCCACAAGAUGGAAGCACGUGUUCUCCAGUGAGCGAAGAGAUACAUGGAGGAAAUACUGCAGAAUGUGUAACCUUGGAAGAUCAGUGUAAAAUGGAAUCCAUGCCUUCAGGUUUGCCACAUAGACAUCAGUUGGACAAAAACCAUGGAACAUUGCCUGAAAGUCAUGCUUUACAAGGCUCUACGUGUCAAACAGGGGCUGAAGUAGAACUAGAAGAGCAAAUUACAGAAGAGAAUGUGGAUAGUGAAAAAGUUGCUGAAGAGGUACUAAACAGUGCUUUACCUUUAUGUGAAUCAGUCGAGGUUGUCCAGACAUCACUGCCAGAUCUUCCACCACUUCCUGUAUCCCCAUAUGGUUCCUCAGUUGUAACAGAAGAAAAAGUUAAUUCUCUACCUCAGAAUGAAAUAGCAGAGGUUAUUAGUGACACUUUAACAACUGAUCUCUCUGAUUGUGAGUCCUGCAAAGAGACUGACUUUCAUGAACAGGAAGGAUAUUUAUCUAAAAUCAACCAAAUUAUUGUAGAAAAAAGAGAUGGAGAGACAUGUAAUACCAAGAAUGUAAUUGAUGAUAGUGAUUCUGAUCAAGUCAAAGCUAUUGAUUCUACUUUUAUGGAAUAUGAAGGUGAGCCAUAUGGUGUUGAUAUAGACUGUUACUAUGAUGAAAGUAUUAGCCAAACUGUAGCUGACUUUACUGCUGUGGAGAGUAUUAUGGAAAGUAAUACUCUUGUAAGUGAUGCAGAGCUUGAUGAAUUCUUGUAUGGGCAAAGUCAUCUGUCCAGUUCAUUGAAUUCUUUAAGCAAUAGUUAUAACUUAAUGGCAGCUGACACAGAAGUGAAUUUGAGAAAUGAGAACCUGGAUUUCACACAGGUUACUGAAGAACAUGCUCUGACAAAACUGGAGGAUAUAAGUAGCAUUAGUAGUAAUCUUGAAGUCUCUCUUGCUGCCCAUAAGUUGAAACCUCCACCAGAGGAGAGUGCAUUUCAUAUUCAAAAUGUGACUGAGCACGAUAGUGAGGCACAAGUUUCAAAGCUUCCUACUGAAGGCGCAAGACCAAAGCUGUUGUGUGACAGUACACAAGGAGAUGUUGGUCAGAGACAACUGAAUCAAACACAUGUGCUUGAGAAAGCAGUUACUCCAGAAGCUCCCUUCUCAAGGAACAGCAUUACUUCUGAUGAAAAUUCUGAACCUGUGGGAGAAAGUGGCACUGAAGCAGGAAAAAGUCAAACUUUUCAAAGUGUAGAAUCACUAAAAACACCUGCAGCUCUUCUGCAGAAACAACCGUUGUGGGUUCCUGAUUCAGAGGCACCCAACUGCAUGGACUGUCAAGUGAAGUUCACAUUUACAAGAAGACGACAUCACUGCCGUGCAUGUGGAAAAGUUUUUUGUGGUGGUUGUUGCAAACGAAAGUGCAAACUACAGUACAUGGAGAAGGAAGCAAGAGUCUGUACUCGCUGCUAUGAUAAUAUUAAUAAAGCACAGGCAUUUGAAAGGAUGAUGAGUCCAACAGGUCCUGUCCCUAAUUCCAGUGUCUCCUCUGAGAAUGCUUCUGCUCCACCUCUGCAGGAAGCCUGUAUAACUGGUAAUGACAGCUGCCCCUUAUUUUCUUCACCAUUACCCAUUUCAGCACUUAAACAAUCUGAUAAUGAAGAGUUGUGCCCCAAAGAACAGAAGAGAGUUUGGUUUGCAGAUGGUAUUUUGCCAACUGGUGAAGUGGCGUAUACAACAAAGCUUUCAUCUGGAGCAAAGAGGUCAUCCCAGGACACAAUACGCUCUGAUGUGCCAGAGCUGCAUAUGGGUGCAAAUGCAGAGGAAGAUGAUAUACCAACCGAUGUAAAUUCAAAACCAAAAGAAGAAAUGGAUGUUAUUACAAAAACAGAGGGAUUAUGUCCUUCUUUUCCUUCAGAGGAUGCACAACAAACCAUUUCCAGCCAGAGUGAGAUGACUGAUAGUGAUAAAUCUCUAAUUCCAGACACUAAAGAGUGUUCUUCCACCAUGGAAUCUGAGAAGACUAGAACUAACAUAGUAGAUCGGGCUAAAAGUGAUAUGCCUGUUAGUCCCACAAGUUACAGAGCACUUUGUGGUGUUGAAAACUGUGUUCGGAAAGACAUCAGCCUUCUUCCAGAUGGUGAUAAACUGCCACCGCUUCUGCUUGCCAUGGGUGAAAAAGGAAAAGAUCCGUUAGUGGAAGAACAUCUGUCACACCAACUGGUCGCCCUGCUUCUUGAGAAAGGAGGUGCCAGACCAUUAACUUUUAUCCUAAAUGCAAACUUGCUUGUGAAUGUCGAGUUAAUAUCUUAUUCUUCAGAAAAAUGCUGGUACUUCUCAACAAACGGGCUACACGGUUUGGGGCAGGCAGAAAUUGUAGUUCUGUUGCAGUGUUUGCCAGAUGAGAAGACUUUUCCUAAUGAAAUAUUCAAAUUAUUUAUUGACAUCUAUAAGAAUGCAGUAAAAGGGAAGUUAAUAAGAAACAUGGAAAAUGUUACGUUCAGUGAAAAUUUUCUCAGUAAUGAAGACCAUGGAGGAUUCCUGUUUGUUUCACCUACUUAUCAGAAACUAGAUGAUUUAAUGCUACCAGAUAACCCUUUUCUUUGUGGCAUUCUAAUCCAUAAGCUGGAAAUACCCUGGGCAAAAGUUUUUCCGAUUCGGUUAAUGUUGAGAUUGGGAGCAGAAUAUGGGGUAUAUCCAUCUCCUCUAGUAAGUUUCAGACAUCGAAAGCCAGUCUUCGGAGAAAUAGGACACACAAUUAUGAAUCUACUUGUUGACCUUAGAAACUAUCAAUAUACUUUGCAUACAAUAGACAACCUAUUUGUUCAUGUGGAAAUGGGUAGGAGCUGUAUUAAAAUACCCCUAAGGAAAUAUAAUCAAGUGAUGAAGGUGAUAAAUUCCUCUAAUGACCAUGUAAUUAGCAUUGGAGCCAGUUUUAAUACUGAAGCAGAUUCUCACUUUGUGUGUGUGCAGAAUAAACAAGGUCUCUAUCAUACACAAGCAAACAGCACUAAUGAACAUCCUAGGAAAGUUACAGGUGCAAGUUUUGUGGUAUUCAAUGGAGCCUUAAAGACAUCUUCAGGAUUUCUAGCUAAAUCCAGCAUAGUUGAAGAUGGAUUAAUGGUCCAAAUAACACCAGAGACAAUGGAAAGCCUACGUCAAGCAUUAAGAGACAAGAAAGACUUCAAAAUAACUUGUGGCAAAGUGGAUGGAGAAGAUCUAAAAGAAUAUGUAGAUAUUUGCUGGGUGGAAGAUGAAGAAAAAACAAACAAAGAAAUUUUAAGCCAGGUAGAUGGAAAAUCGAUGGAAGGAACUCGGAGUGAAAAAAUACCACACACCAGAGACUUUGAGAGAAAAGGAAAAGUUUUGAAGUGCACUGAAGUGUAUUAUUUCCUAAAGGACCAUGAACUACCCAGUCCUGCUCAUCUCCAGUUCGCUAAAGACAUUGCUACUGCCUGCUGCACUGCUCUUUGCCCACACCUUAAAACGUUGAAGAAGAAUGGGAUGAAUAAGAUAGGCCUGAGAGUUUCAGUUGACUCAGAUAUGGUUGAGUACUUGGCAGGAUCUGGGGGCCACCUUUUUCCACAGAAGUACCUGAAUGAAUUGGACAGAGCUCUGAUUCCUGUGAUCCAUGGUGGGAUGUCAGAUCCUGCAAGCUUACCGCUGAAAAUGGAAUUAAUGUUUUUCCUUAUGGAACAUUUAUUUUGAGACUAAUUUCUGGCAAGAUACUGAUUUGCUAGCUCUGAACACCAAAGCUCAGUACAUCAAACACUAAAGAUCAAAUUUUCUAAAACUGUUUUGAUUUUAAUUGAUUUUGAAACCGAAUUUAAACAAAACAAGAAUCUAACUUCCAUUUGUUACUUUACCACAAGAAGCAAGUGUAGUUUGUAAUGUUCUGUAAUGUUCUGAAACUUUACACUUAAUACAGCUGCAGAAGAAGGCAGUCGCUUACCUCUGUACACCACUGUAGCAUUUACAUUGUUUAGUGUAACUUCCAGCCAUGCUAUCUUGCCUCUUAACAUCAGAUAAGUAUUAAAGAAAUUGCUGCAGU